AUGAAGCUCCUCAGCCAACUGCUGCUGCUGCCGCCGCCGCUGCUGCUGCUGCCGCCGCCAGCAGUCCUCCGCGAAACGUGCAUCGGUGUGCACGCCUACUCGACUCUCUCCGACGACACGCUGCGUGCACUGCCCACGCCCGGCCACGACUUCGACAUCAACACGGGCAAACUGCUCGCGCCGAUCCUGCGCACCCGUGUCCCCGGCACAGAAGGCUCCCGCGCCGUUCUGCAGCACUUUGCCGACUUCUUCAACGACAAUCUGCCCGAAUGGAAGCUCUCCUUCCAGAACUCGUCCUCGACCACGCCCACCAGCAAUGGCGACCAAGUGCCCUUUGUCAAUCUGAUCGCGAACCGAGAUCCGCCUUGGACGAAAGGUGAUGGGGACGUGGGGAGGCUGUCGCUGGUUGCUCACUACGACAGCAAGCUGACUCCGGAGGGCUUCAUUGGAGCCACCGAUUCCGCUGCGCCGUGUGCUAUGCUCCUGCAUGCCGCAAGAUCCAUCGAUGCUGCCUUGACGGCAAAGUGGAACGCCAUGUCCGCCGCGGGGAACACGGAUGAUGAUCUAGAGGGACACCAGGGCGUGCAGAUCCUCCUGUUGGACGGCGAGGAGGCCUUCCACACGUGGACACACACUGACUCGCUCUAUGGCGCGAGGAGUCUGGCAGCAGAGUGGGAGACGACCAUGUUUGGUUAUGGAGGAGGUGUGUUCGAGUCCCCGUUGAGGACCAUUGAGCUGUUCGUUCUUCUGGACCUGCUCGGCUCGAAAGAUCCCAAGGUUCCUUCAUACUUCAAGACAACGCAUUGGGCGUAUCAGAAGAUGGCAGAAGCAGAGACGCGCCUCAGGGCAGCAGGCAUGUUCAAAAGCUCUCCAAACCACCCCAGCAAGCGGGCGGAAGAGCGGGCGAAGGAGCCAAUGUUUCUUCACGAAGGCGGGAAGAAAGAUACAGACCGAUGGUCGGGAGGCUACGUCGAAGAUGACCAUGUCCCAUUCAUGGCUCGUGGUGUUGAGAUCUUGCACAUCAUCACUGCGCCAUUUCCGACCGUAUGGCAUACCAUCCAAGACGAUGGCGAACAUUUAGACUUGGAUACGGUGGAAGAUUGGGCCAUGCUCACGCUUGCCUUUGUCGCCGAGUGGUUGGAGCUUGAAGGCUACUUCGACGAUGUGCAGCCUGCAGUACGGCGGAGCGUGGGCAGGGACGAGCAUGCUGGCAGAGACGAAUUGUGA